AUGAUUAGUUUUGUAAAUAGAAAUGUAAAUUAUAUUAAUAAGCCACAUGGUUUAAAGCUAUAUUUAUAUCAACAAUUUUCUACAAACAAUAAUAGCUCCAAUUCAUCAUUAAGAUCAAAAUCAUUUCUAAAUCCAAAUAAUGCCAAUAAUAAAACUAUUUUAAAGGAAAUCAUAGAUAAUAACCCAUUUACACAAUAUAGUAAUAAUAAUCUAGUUUUUAAGAGAAUUUAUUCAACCCACUCCCCAAUAGCAUCCUCACCUACUAAUUCUACAAACACCCAACAACAAAAUAAUAAUGUGGAUCAUGGAUCAACUACAAUUUUAAACUCUACCACAACCAAUACAACAAAUAUAAAUGAAAAUCAUAAUGAAUCACCACAUCACCCACCACCAGAGACCCAGACUCCACAAAAACCAGAACCAAAAGGAUUAAUGAAAUAUAUAAGGGGUCCAUAUAUGACUUUAAUUAAAUUCCCAAUUACAGUUUAUGUUACUUUAACAGCAGUUGCAGGUUAUGUGGCCGCAUGUCCAGUAGGUUCAUUCGAUUGGAUACAUUUAGCACAGGUUACAGUUGGCACAUUUUUUGCAUCGUGCUCAGCAAAUAUUCAUAAUCAAGAGAUGGAGGUUCAACAUGAUAGAAAAAUGCCACGUACCAAAGAUAGACCAUUAGUUGUAGGCUCUAUUAAUAGAGGUAAAGCAUGGCUUGGAUCAAUGGCCCUUUUAACAUUAGGUUUUGGAACAAUGGCCAUCACUCCAUCACUCUUUAUUCCUGGUACUUUAGCAGCAUGCAAUAUUCUUUUAUAUUGUUGGUAUACCGACUUAAAAAGAGUUACACCAUUAAAUACAUGGGUUGGUGCUGUUGUCGGUGCUAUACCACCAUUAAUUGGUUCAGUAGCUGCAACUGGUCAAUUCGAAGCCAUUGGUAUGUUAUUGGCUUCUUUCCUUUAUAUUUGGCAAAUUCCACACUUUUUAGCACUCUCACAAGUACUCAGAGAGCAAUAUCGUAUGGCAGGUUAUCAAAUGUUAUCAGUAACUCAUCCAAAACAAUUUGUUGAUCGUGUUUCAUUAGCUCAUGCUUUCUUUGGUAUUCCACUUCCAUUUAUUUUCGAUUAUGUAUUCAAUUUCAAUGUUCAUCCAAUUACUUUAGCUGUUAUGUCUUUAGGUAGUGCCUCAUUAGCUUUACCAUUCUUUGUAAAAACCUCACCAAAACGUCUUUAUAUUAUUUCUUUAAUCUCUUUACCAUUAACUUUAAUUUUAUCUUGUGUUUUAUCUCAACCAUAUAUUUAUGUAAAUGACGACGAAGAUGAUGAAGAAAAAAACAAAAUCAAAGAAAUUUCAAAUUAA